AUGAACCUAGACGCUACUACGAGUAACGAUUUGGCCGCGGGGCUCGGCGAUGCAUUAGGCCUCGAACUCGAUCCCGAAAGUCGACUACCGUUCGGUUUUACAACAGCGGAUGCGGAGUCGAUAUCGGGCUUACUUGCACACGGGCAAAGGUCGACCAAAAGCUUCAUUGCGAAGAGUGCCAAGUUGACGACCAAGGGAGAUCGAAUCAACGGCAUCACAAUUUGGUCGCCGUCGGGGCGAGUCAAAACACACGACCGGGCAUACACCUUCCCCGUUGCCGUUCUGGCGAACAAUGACAGGACCGUCAAGAUUGUCGGCCUCCAUUCCUCGGAGGACAACGACAAGAUCGAACCCCUAGCAACGAUUCGGUAUCCCGACUACGUCAAUCGAGCAGUCAUCUCGCCCGAUGGGAACAUUUUGGUUGCUGUGCUCGACGAUCCCUACAUGUACGUGCACGUACGGGCUGAAGAUGGGUACUCGUGGGAGCUGAAGCACAGAAUAAUGCUCAAGAGCCAAAAGAAGGAUGACGAGACCCCCAUGAACGGAACGUUUGCCGCUUGCUUCUCUCCAUCAGGGGCCUACCUAGCGGUCGGCACGCAACACGGAUGUGUUUCCGUCUUCGAUGCUCAGGACCUCCUCGAAUGGGGUAGCGAUGCCGUACUAAAAACUUUCGAGUCGUCCAGGCCCUGGACCGGCCACGGUGCUAUUCGUGAUAUGGCGUUCUGCCCCGGACCGUACGAUCUUCUAGCUUGGUCCGAGGAUCGUGGUCGAGUUGGCCUGGCAGAUCUCAGGAGUAAUUGUGCAAUCCGCCAGAUUGUCGAUAUCAAUAAUCAAGCAGAUUUUGAGCAGAUCAACGUUUUGGAUCGCAACACAGUCGACCCUAGACUACUGGACCGCCGAGGCGAGCAGCGCGGUUCAGCUUUAACCUCGUCGCUGGGCCACCUCUUUUGGUCUGACAACCUCAGACGGAACGAAUCGGGGGAAGACCUAGUGGACUACCGAAACUAUCCGCUGACGCCGAGCGAUACUGAAGUUCUCGAAUCCGUACAGAACGAACGCCGGAGACGGGAGUGGGCUAGGGACAGGGCUUCUCAGGCACGUGUGGAGCCCAUGGCAGCCAGAGUACGUGACCUCGCAUCGACACUUCGAUACUCUGGAGGUCCGCGGCAUGAGGACCUAACACCCCGGGAAGCUGGCACGCUCAACCCUAGCAUCAAUCGGGUGGCAGAUCUCCUAGGGAACUUUCGCGAACAGCGAGCAAACGUCCGUGUACGAACUACGGGUCGUUUGUACCGCGAUGUAGCUCGUGACAGCGGCACAUCCUCCUCCAACUUGGGACAGCUACCACCGUCGACUCAGUGGGAACGGCCAAGAGUGGAGCGCUUAGAUCCAGGGAAUUCAGUACGAGGCCAGGAGCCAUCUUGGAUGGGCGUGCUCGAUCAGGUCAAUGCACGUCAGCGAGAGCGAGGCCCGAAUGACGAUGGCCCGGACCCUGUGGACAUGUUGCGUGCUAUCAUUCAGCAGCGCGAAGACAAUCCCACCCGCGAGACACCAGACAUGAGUGUGCAGGACGGGCCGCCCUGCGAUGACCAUACCGCAGGCCUGGCCUGGAGCGCGGAUGGACGUAAAUUGUGA